UUAAAGAGAUCCAAUUGAUAUUAUCCUAUUUUGAAAACGAUCAAUAUGUCAAUAAGUUAUAUGUUAGAGCUAGAAGCCAAAUUUUAACGAAUAACAUGAAGCCAUUACAACCUCUGACUGAAAUUAAAAAACAAACCAAUGUUCCGUAUGAGAAGGGAACUAACGGAAUUGGGAAAUAUAUUGAUUUGUUAAUUCAAUUAAUUGAAGGUGAAAUGGUGCUAUUAAACAAACUACACUUAUCAGGACUACUUUCAAAUAUUACCCAAGACGUACUUCUCGAUUUAAUAGCGGUAACCAAUUCAUAUUCUCGAUACUUUGAUAAUCCAAGGGUUAUUAUGGAUAAUUUUAUACUUGCAUUGGAAAUCAUGGAUAAUUUAUCCAGAUUUCAACAAUUUUCUGAAGAUGUGGGAAUUGAAAAUAAUGAAUUCACGGUACAAUUUAACUUGUAUAAACAAAAGAAUAAAGGUAUCUUCAAAGAAUUUAUUAAAGCAAUCGAAAGCAGGUUUCAACAAUUUGAUAGAUACACAGAUGCCCACAUUCCUGAAAUUGUGGUUGAUUUAAUGAGUAGAUUGCGUAAAUUAAGUGAAUUUCACCAAGGUUUAUUAGUACUUGUCUCAGAGUAUACCCUUGGAGAUUGGUUAGUAAUUUCCCCGCCCGCAAGAUUUAUCAAUGUUUACACAUCUGUGAUUCCAAACACCGCCAAUGACCUUAGUGCCGAAUAUUUAUUAUCAUCAUUCUAUUCGGAUGUUAUAGACUCAAUAAUGGUUAAUCUUGAAAUAGGAUUGAAAGGUACAGACAACCCUAAAUCAACCCAAGGUUUUCUAUUAGUCAAGAAUUUAAUUAUGAUUGAAUCAAUUAUUAAUAGGUCUCAAGUACUAUUCACAAGUUUAGGUAAUUUGGGUAUUGAAAGAUUGAACAAAUUGAAAAAUAGAUUUUUGAAAUUCUUCCUUGAUGAUUGGAACCAUGCAUCUUACAUUAUUAUUCGAGAUAUGACUAUGAUUGCCACGCAAAACCCACAUGGUACGAACAUAGGAACUGGAGGAGUUGCGCAACAAUUGUCGGCCAAGGAAAAAGAGCAAGUCAAGGAAUUGUUCAAGAAUUUCAACGAAUCAUUCGAGGAAGCAAUUUCAAAUUACCAACGUUACAAUUUUGGGGACAUGGAUUUAAAAAAUUAUCUUGGAAAUGAAAUUAAGAAACUUAUUAGAAACGCAUAUUUUAAAUUGUACGAUAAAUAUGGAACUUCUGAUUUUACCAAGAAUAAACUGAAAUACGUUAAAUAUGAUAAAAAUCAAUUUGAAAAGCUCUUGAAUGAGAAGUUGUGAGAUGCUUUACGAAAAAGGUCACGGCUGACACAAAGGUGUUACAUUGCUAAAAAAAAGACGCUGUUCUGGAACUUUAGGAUUGAAAUUAGACUGAAGUUAUUUUUACCCCUAUCAUUGUUGUGUUCAAUUAUAGCAAUCCCAAAAGGAGACAAUGUAGGCUAUGUUUAAGGCAGCUUCUUUCUCAUGAAUGUAAUUGAAUUAUAUAUCGUCUAACUCAACAACUAAUAACAAUAAAUACGUAAGUAUUAGCGACUUGAAUUAAAAAAAGAAAUCAAUUUCAAGCAUUAUUAAAUGACCAAGUCUUUUUCUUUGUCAACAACAGGAUGUGUGGCAGUAUGCUGCCUAGACAAUUUCCAAAUCUCAGAUCUGCUUGCCUUGGGAGGUCAGGCAUUUUAAUAAAUGCCAUUGUGU